CACCGGCCUGACGUACUCCGACGGCGCGUCGCGCUCAGGGCGAAUAAAACUCUGGUCCACCGGGACCAGCAGCACCGAACCGAGGCUACGUGGUUUCGCUUCCUCUAACGGCGCCUGGAGACGCAUUCAACCCGCGUUUGAACUCUUUAAAGUGUGUCGGAGUUCGGGAAUGUCAGGUAUAAACUUCCUGUUGAGCUUCAUCCGCCCGGAGCUUCACUGAAGGUGCGCUGAACGAGAUGUUGAGGGGGUUUUGAGGAGCGGUCUGAAGAUGAGCGUGACGUCGUGGUUCCUGGUGAGCAGCUCCGGCACGCGCCACCGUUUGCCCCGCGAGAUGAUCUUUGUGGGCAGAGAGGACUGUGAACUCAUGCUACAGUCUCGCAGCGUGGACAAACAACAUGCCGUGAUCAACUACGACGCGUCUGCAGACGAGCACCUGGUCAAAGACUUGGGCAGCCUCAACGGGACCUUCGUGAAUGACCUUCGCAUCCCCGAUCAGACCUACAUCACCCUGAAGUUAUCAGAUGUCAUUCGCUUCGGAUACGAUUCACACAUAUACAUCCUGGAGAGAAGCCAGCACAAAGUGCCAGAGGAAGCCCUCAAGCAUGAAAAAUACACCAGUCAACUUCAGCUGGGUCAAGAGACGCCGGAAACCAAGAAACGCAUUCAGACAGAUGAGAGACGGCGAAACUCAGACGCUUUAGGUGUCAAAUCAGACAAAAGCGAGCGGAAAAUCAACACAGAUCCGUCUGUGUCCAGACCCACUCCUCUGUACGGUCAGCCGUCCUGGUGGGGAGAGGCUGAUGAAGAUAAAGCUCAGCGCUGUGAUCCGAGCCUUCAUGAACAUCAUACAGAAAACCACAAGGAUGGUUCCAAACGUGAUCUCGGCGUUUCUCCAGAUGAGCUUCAGGAUGGCCAGGGCAAACCCGGUUACUCUUACCGCAAGGAACCAAGUUACUUUGAGAUCCCCACAAAGGAGAUCCAUUCAAAGCCCAAAACUGCUUCCCAGGAAGUCCAGGAGAUUCCCACAAAAGACACGGACCACAAACCCCCUGCCACUCCUCCGGUGGCUCAGGGUCACGCCUCCUUCACCAUCGAGUUUGACGACCAAACCCCUGGAAAGAUGAAGAUCAAGGACCACGUCAGCAAGCUCUCCAUCCGCCAGCGCAGGAACCCCAGCAAGGAGUCGAUAGCCAGACUCACGGAGGUGAUGUCGGUGGAGAACAAAGUCGCUGAUUGGUUGGUUCAGAGUGACGCUACUAUGAGGAGGAGUCUAGACGAGCAGUCUGGGUCAGACGAGCUCUUGAACAAGACCUUCAAAGAUGCACACCAUCUUGAAGACCCUGAUUUUGAAGAACCGGAAGAAACGCAAAUGGUUCAGUCAAUGUCCCACUCUGUAUCACAAAAGAUCAGUCAGCAUCCGGAUGGAGAAGAUUACCCAAAUAACUACACACCAGAUUCAAAGAGCCAAGGCAAACCGGAUCCCAAGCAAGCUUUUGUGAUCGAGAUCUUAGACGAUACUCAACAGAAAAAGCGCUCGCAGUCGUUCACCAAUAACAUGUCUUCUCCCGACUUCCAGUCUGCUCUAAAAAGCAAAUUAGACAAACGGAAAGGUGGAGAACGGUUAACAUCAUCCGGAAAUAAUCCACCCACACAGCAGUUCACGAUUCCCCUCAAAGGUUCAGAUGGUCCUCAGCGGGCCGGAUCCCUCAGACGGGAGAAGACCGAAAUCCGUAUGAGCACGUCUGACUUCAGCUCCCGCUCUGCGUCUAAAACUUUCGGCAGCGUCGGCCGGAGGUCCAAAUUAUCGCAGGACUUUGCUGCGGAGUUGCUUAGGGUGUCGAAACCCAGUCCUGCUCCCACAUGGGACGCGAACUCGACUUGGGUGAAGACCCCAUCUUCUAAUGCUGGAUCCUCUGUGACACAGAGUUUUCCUACUACGUCUCAUACAGUGAAUCAGACAAUCAGAUCUCCCUCUGCACCCAAGAAAGACAACUGUACAGAGGCCAAAACGUUGGUUCCCAAGCAGCAGGACGAGGAUGACAGUUUAAGUGAUACAGGUACCUACACCAUUGAAGAUGAAAGUCCAGACAAAGAGGUUGUGGAGGCACGGAGCUUGAUUGAUCAGGUGUUUGGUGUUGGCGACAACAGCCAAACCUCAGCAGCAGCAACAGUUAUGCCUAUAGUUGGUGACACUGAGGGUCACGAUAGUCUUCUACUCAGUGAGAAUAGCUCAGGCCCAAAAUUGGGUCUAUACUCAACAGACCUUAGUGACACAACCAAGGGUCCUGUACAGAUGCAGUCGAUGACAACAUUAACGCCCGGAGGCACUAGGUGGGUUUCUCGUUGGGCCAGUUUGGCUGACACCUAUUCAGACUCACACCGAAGGUCUGACUACUCAGAAACAGGCCAGAGCAGCAGAUCAAGACGAGUUCUGCCUCGGGUUCCUUUGAAGGAAAAGAUUGAGACGCCACCGCCUACGAUACACAUCCAACCAGACUCUUAUCUGUCCGGUGUGGAGAAGAGUUCGCAAGUUCAGAAGCAAAAGUGGGAUCCACAGAAACUGAGCGUCCAAGAUGAUCUGGAUCCGGACAGCCUGAGUGAUGCCAGCAAGUCCGAUGAUGGCUCUGUGGUUGAGCAAUGCAGGAAGACUCCUGAUACAACCCAGAAGACAUGGAACCGGUCUACGAAGACCAGUCAAGAAGAGGCAAAAGACCAGGAUUCACCUACCAAGCUCUCCACCGCAACGUUAACACAACAACAUGGCAAGCUUAGCAAGAGCAACUGUUCACCACCCCACAUUGAUCAAUCGGAUGACUCUCUUGGUGGAGACAAUUCAGUGUCCAUUGUUAGACAGGAAAGUUAUACCAAAGAAAGGGCCAGCGACAACAUCCACUUGUCCAGAUUGCCCCAGAUAUCUAGUCAACCCUCUAGCAAAGAUGCUUUUAAAGGUGUAAGCAAUCAAGACACUCAAUCCUACCUCAAAGACACUGAGGACGUUCUAGCAUCUCUGGAAGCCAAGCUCCUGGAGCAGCAGCAAGACAAUAACGGUCGCUCCCACCUGGGGGACUCCUUCUCGGGAGAAUCGGACACUUCUAGUACAAUCAGCGGGAAAAACGCUUCCGUUUCGGUGCCUAGGAAGCCAGUGGUCCUCAGAGGACUCUUAAGAGGUUCCAGAGAACCUAAGACCUCUGAUGAUCCAUCGACUGAGAAGAGCCAAUCCGGGAUAAAGGACAGCGAUGGCAAGGCAGAUCCAGGCAAGCGUUUUCUGCUCCGUCGUAACCUUAGUUCUCUCGACUUUGGGGCUGAUCUUCAAAGUCCCACCACACGGCACUGGCCAGACGCCGUCUCCGACCAAGAAUCAAGUUCACUACCUUACAAAAAGUACACUAUUCCUCUUCAGAAGGAAGGUACGAGCAAAUCCAUAGUACACAAUGCUCUAGCUCGCUCCAAUAGCCUCUCCGCUCCGAGACCGACAAGGGCUUCGAUGCUUCGCCGUGCCCGUUUGGGUGAAGCCUCCGACAAUGAAGGUACCGAAACCGAUCGGAUGUCUCAAAACUCCGAUGUCAACCCCUCGGCAAACAGUCGAGGCGCUCAGGAGAGCAAGAAGCUUUCUCGAUUGGACAUUUUGGCUCUACCCAGGAAAAGGACGGGCUCCUUUAACACACCCAGUGAUACAGAGUCUUCCAUGAGCCGGACAGGCUUUUCAAACCACAGCACCGAGUCAGGCAACUCUGUGCGGAAAGCUUCAGUGCUGGAUCCCAAGGCUCUUCUGCGGAAGGUUUCCAAUGCCAUGAACAGACAGCCGAUCAUCCGCGGACGCUCAAGCAGUGCCAAAUACGCCAGUAGCACUGCCAGCUCCAGGAGGCGUCAGAAGGGUUCAGACUACGCCUCCACCUCGGAGGAUGAGUAUGAGUCAAACCAUAGCACCCCUAAACACAAACGCUCCCAUCAUUCAGGAUCCCAGCAGAACCCCAGAAUCCAUCCGGCAGGUCCGGUGCGAGCCGUGCCCCGCUCGAGAGACUCCGAGGGGGAAGGACACGAGAGCGACGCCUUCCAGAACUGGACAUCUCAUAGCGCUGAGAUCGCCAGAUUGAGUCAAGACUUGGCCAAAGAUUUGGCUAUUCUGGCCCAAGAGAUUCAUGAUGUUGCUGGAGACACAGAAGCUCAGAGUGCUUCAACAGACAAGACGGGACCAGCCAUAUCUACCCAUGAAGAGUUGCGGCACCAGAUUCCCGAAGCCAGUCUGAAUUUCCAGAAGGAAUAUCCUGCUGCGGCGCCGGCUGACGAGUCCGAGCAGAUCGUUAGUAAUCGACAGAGCAUGAGACCAGACGAGCUUACACUGAACAAUAUGAUGCUGAAUCCAGUGUCCCAACUGUCUCUCGCCAUCCGUGAAAACACAGAGCAACUGACGGAGAAAAUCAAGGCUUUGUUUCAUAAUAAAAUGGAUGUUUUGGGAGAAAUUGAAGCGAAAAUCAAUGAGGCUGAUGAUUCUCCACCAAAAGCAUCAAACAAGGAAAUUGCAUCAAUUCUCAGAGAGCUGCGGCGAGUCCAGAAACAGCUGGAAGUCAUCAACACUGUCAUCGAUCCUCGAGGAAACCCUCGUCUCAGCCGCACGCUUGCUUCCGCCGGGGUCCGCAGUUCCAGAGCCGCGUCCCAUCGAGGCGGCGGAGCGACGCCGAGCAGCCGGCGCAUGGUCAGGAGCACAGACCGAGAGAGUUCACUGGUGUGACGAGCCUGUCCCAGAAAUCAUCACUAGUCACUUUGA